CGGGGAAACAAACAGAGUAGUAGCUCAUUUUACAAAGGCAAGGGUAAGCAAAACCGCCAUCAAACAAAGAGCCCGACGAAAUCUUCAGAAAAGGCCAAAGUCACUUGCUUUAAGUGUGGCACGUCGGGACAUUGGGCAAAUAAGUGUCGUACACCUAGACACUUGAUUGAUUUAUAUAAAUCAUCUCUAAAAGGAAAGAAUGUGGAAACUAAUUACGUCAACGAAAAUGAUCCACCAAUGCCCACAUUCAAUGUGUCUGAUUUCUAUAUGGACGAUAAUGAGAUGAACACCGACAUCAUUAUGGGUGAAAAAUAAUAAAUAAGUAAAUAAAAA